UUGUAAGCCAGUGCGUGCGCGGUGCGACCGCGGGACCAGUGUAGCUCUGCCGGCUGUUUACAAAACACCGCUCGUAUCGCCGACUGCCCCCCGCGCACCGCAGUCAUGGGGGACUUCCGCACGUGCGCCGCCACCACCCUGUACCUCCUCCUCCUAGCCAGUGUUGCCAGGCAUGUCCUUCCCACGGGACUCGGACAAUGCCCCACUUUUGGACAGCUCCAGAAUUUUGAUAUCGAUAAGAUGGUGGGCAAGUGGUACGAGGUGGAACGUUCGUUCUACCUAAUGGAGCUGUCUGCGAGCUGCACUGAGCUGAGGGUGACAUUAAACGACCGCGGACAGCUUAACAUCGUUAUAUAUACCAGAAACAGAUGGACGUGCACGCACUGUAUGACGCGUGGCGUGGGUGUGCUGAGCCACAAAGGGGCGUCAUCGUUUCGGUACCGCGUGAACAAACGGGUGCCGUAUUUGAUCGGGAGGUUGCUGCCGGGCGCCGGACAGUACAGCAUCUUGGCCACUGACUACGACCAGUUCGCGCUGAUCUGGUCCUGCACCGGGCUCAGCGUCGCACAUUCAGACCGUAUGUGGGUGCUGGGCCGGAAGCGCGAGAUCGACGCGCAGCUGAGAGCGUACAUCUACAACUUACUGAACGGCUUCGGCUUGGACCCCGAUAGACUCAUCCUCUCCAAGAACAAUGAUUGCCCGGACUACGAUAAAAAUACAACUAUAACAGACUGAA